AUCGCCCUCUCCACCGAGCGGAGCUGUAGCUGCUCUGGGGACCCUUUCUCCGGGGGACGCAGCGAGCCUGUCCCCUCCGGAAAGCCUAGGGGUGGGAAGAAGGGACUAAGCUGGUCUCCUCUCUGGCUCUCCAGGGUUCAUCCAGACAACGCUCAGGAGGACGAUUUAAUGACCCGCUCCGCCCCUGCUUUCCCCCGCCCAGGCAGCUCCGGGAGGCCCUGGGUCACACGAGUGGGGAGCGGGGGGGAAUGAGCCGCUGCAGCGGCGACAGCGGCAGCAGCAGGAGAAGGAGGAGGAGGGAAGAGGGGAGGGCAGGGGGGAGGGCACGAAGGAGCGAGAAAGGAAACUGGGCAGGUGACACGGCGCUGGGUUGCUCCGGCACUGCGGACGCGGAGCGGGCGGCAGGAGCGCGGCCAUGCACGUCAAUGGGAAGGUGGCUCUGGUCACCGGCGGGGCGCAGGGCAUCGGCCGGGCUUUCGUCCAGGCGCUGCUGGGCAAGGGCGCCAAGGUAGCCCUGCUGGACCGCAACUCCGAGGCCGGGCAGGAGAGCAAGGCGGCCCUGGACGAGCAGUUCGAAGCGCAGAGGACGCUGUUCAUCCAGUGCGACGUGACGGAGCCCGAGCAGCUGAAAGGUGCUUUCAAAAAAGUAAUUGAACAUUUUGGAAGGCUGGAUAUUGUGGUUAAUAAUGCUGGAGUGAACAAUGAGAAGGACUGGGAAAGCACUAUACAAACUAACUUGACAUCUGUGAUCAGAGGAACCUACCUUGGCCUAGAAUACAUGAGAAAAGGAAAUGGAGGUGAUGGAGGAGUAAUCAUUAAUAUCUCAUCUUUGGCAGGACUCAUGCCUGCUGCAUUCCAGCCUGUGUACUGUGCUACAAAGCAUGGUGUAAUUGGAUUCACACGGUCCAUAGCAUUAGCUGCUAAUAUGGAAAACUAUGGUGUGAGACUCAACACAAUUUGUCCAGGAUUUGUCAACACACCAAUUCUUCAGUCAAUAGAUAAAGAAGAGAAUAUGGGACAAUACUAUUUAUAUAAGGAUGAGAUAAAAAAUAUGAUGCAGUUCUACGGCGUGAUGGACCCAUCAAUAAUUGCUGAGGGAUUGAUAACAAUAAUUGAAGAUGAUACUCUAAAUGGAGAAGUUAUGAAGAUCACAGCGUCCCAAGGAAUUCAUUUUCAACAGUAUGGCCAAACACCUUUUACAUCAACAAAGAGAUAAAUAAUUGCUUUUUGUUAAUUACUUUUAGCUUUUCUUAAAUCAAAAAAUUUUUGAAAAGAGUAAUUUUGGGGAAAAAUAUAUUAGUGUUGUUUCUAGAUGACUGGCAGUGUUCAAGCAUUUGCAUCCUAAUAACAAAGAGAUAACUGAUAAAAUCUGUUGUGGGAAGAUGCUACCACCCUAUUCUAACUCUAUAAGCACUAGUAACAGUAUUUAUUUAGUAGAAUAAACACAGUGCCAAGAAGUAUUUUUUAUUAUCAUUUAGUAGUAGGGACCACUUUUUUUCAUUUUGGUUGUUCUGAUCUACUUACUCCAAGCAUAGUUUAGUUGAUCUGAGUUUGAUCUGACUUACUUUGUUAUAACUCUUUUCACUGUCGUGCCUGCUUAUUUACAUCUUGAAUUCUUCAGACCAGGAAUUCAGUUCAGAAAUCUAGAUCACAAAUGUAGCCAUAAAGAGUUAAGAAUUCACUUUCUCUUAUGAAAUGUUAAAUAUGUGCAACUUAACAUGCUGUAUAUCAUAUAAGGAAGUACAGAUUUUUAACGUCUUGGAUUUUAGAUAUUUAUAAAAUAUUUCAGAAAUAUUUUUGUUUUCUUUUAUAGAUAUAUAUAUAUGUUAAUUUUCUCACUGUAUAUACAAGGAUAAAUAUUUUGGCAUUGAUUGAAAUGUCUGCUUGUCUAUUAAAGCUGAUUUUCUAAACAUUCAAUUUCUUGCUUUCAUUGAGUAAAAUCUCAAUUCAAUCCUGAAUAAUCUGGUUUUUAUCAUGUUUAAACAUGUGCCUUUUGGUUUCACAGUACAUAUUUUCAAAUGUAGCAUGUCAUAUAAUAGCAAUGAAAAUAAAAAUUGAGCUCCCUGCCUUCUGAGCACUACUGGACCUUCUGAAUCCAGGUCAAUCUUCAGCUACAUUUAUGCAAAAUUCUUCAUAUUUCAUGGGUCACAUGCCUAACAAAAAAAAUUUUUUGCAUGUUAAUUUAAUUUGGCUCAUAGCAUAAGAAUAUUUAAUGGCUUCUGGGAAAGCUGUAAAGUUAAUAUUUACCCUUCUUAGGAGUACUGACUUUAAUUUCUCUGAUUUUGUUACUGAAUGAUUGGAAACAAUCUGUGUGGAAGUCAGGGAGUAAUAUGUCUGUGGGGAGAAGAAACAGAAACACAUGCUUUGAAUUACUCAUCAUUCUUCCAAUGUCUCCAUUAUGUUAAUACUAUUUUAAAGCCCUUUUUGAACACACACAGGAUGCUAACCACACCUUUAGCAUCCCUGACAGCUUCUGUAUAUCCCUCUGUAUUAAAAACUACUAUCUGAUUUGAUAGUUUCUGUGUUUGUCUCCUUAAAAUCAGAGCAUUUUCCAAUACAUGGCAGAAUAGUGUAAAAAGAUGUGAUGAAAACUUGAAGUCAGCAUGUGUUAGUUAGGUCGCAAAGCUAAUAAUCAUCUACCUCCG